UCGUCCUGGUAGCCUGUCACCCCGCCUUGUGCCGGGCUCUAUGCGGCCACUGGAUCAUGAAUCUGCACCAGGUGCUGACAGGAGCCGUCAAUCCGGGGGAUAACUGCUUCUCUGUGGGGAGCCUGCAGGAGCAGCCCAUCACGGCUUACGCAUCCGGGUGUGAUGUGGUGAUUUUGGGAAGUGAUUUUGAGAGGCUACAAGUGAUCCCUGGGAUUCAACAUGGAAAUGUUCUGGUUGGCUGUGUGGACUGUUCCAUGCAACAGGGCAGGAUUGCAGCUUCCUAUGGCAACGUGAUUUGCAUCUUUAAGCCUGCAGAUCUGUUAAAACAAAAAAGCUCACAGCCACAAGGAAGUCGUACGCAAUGGCAGAAGAGUGGCCACAUAGUAUUGGAUUCAGUUGCACAUAAUCUAACCUGGGACCCAGCAGGAACACGCCUACUAACUGGAUCAAGCAGCCUACAGCUAUGGUCCAAUGCAUCUUUGGACAAACUAUGUAAUGAAGAUUGUCAGGAGAAAGCAGAUGCAGACUUUGCAAACUGGAAAUGUAUCUGGCAGUGCAGCACAGCAUUUUCAGUGCAUUUAAUGAAAUUUUCCCCGGAUGGAGAAUUUUUUGCUACUGCUGGCAAGGAUGACUGUCUGGUUAAGGUUUGGUACAAUACUGAAAGCUGGCACUCUGCUGUUAUAUCACCUGUUACAAGUCCAGAGAAAGAAGGUCAAGGAGAAGUAGACUUUUCUUUCAUCUACCUUGCUCACCCUAGAGCAGUAAAUGGAUUUUCUUGGCGAAAAUCUAGUAAAUUCAUGCCACGAGGAUCUGUGUGUAACGUUCUUCUGACAUGCUGCAAAGACAACAUUUGCCGUUUGUGGGCAGAGACGUUACUGCCCAAUGACAGCCUGUUAUGUGGAGAUGGGUUCAAUCAAAGAGUUGAGCCAGACGGUUUAAAUAAUUUCAAAAGAAACCCUUCAAACAAAGAACGAGUACAGAGUGCAUUAGAGUUGAACUUGAGGCAUUUUCGUAGGGGCAGGAAGAGAUCUUUGUCCUUGGUAGCUCACACAGGAUAUCCACCCCAUCAACACAGUGCUCAUGAUGUUCAUCGGAACGCACCCUUUCAUGCCAAUGCACUUUGUCACUUUCACAUUGCAGCUACCAUCAACCCUGCCACAGACAUUCCUCUCCUCCCAUCUAUUUCAUCGAUUAGCCUCAGUGAGACAGAAGAAAAAAGUGGACCUUUCGUAGUGCACUGGCUGAAUAACAAAGAGUUAAACUUUUCUCUGUCUAUGGAGGUCUUCCUUCAGCAGCUCAACAAGAGCUUUGAACAGCAGUCUCCAGAGGCUGGUAUAGAUAAAGCAAACCAGGAUGAAGGGAACUCUGAAGAAGAUGAUGACAAUGAAGGAGUUGAUUCAAAAUUGCCAAAUGAGAAAAAAGAAAUGAAUGGUGAAAAACCAGUUAUGCAUUCUUCCAAUGUCUCCUUCCCAUCUGUUAUUGAUCACGAAAUUGAAAUCCUGCUUUCUGAAUGGAACAAGAAUCCAGACAUGCUUUUUAGUAUCCAUCCUGUGGAUGGCUCUUUGCUUGUAUGGCAUGUCGACUGGUUGGAUGAGUAUCAGCCUGGCAUGUUUCGCCAAGUGCAGGUAUCCUUUUCAUGUAGAAUUCCUGUAGCCUUUCCUACUGGUGACGCAAACUCCCUUUGUCGAAGUAUAGUACUGUACGCAAGCACUAAAAAUGUAGACUUAGCCAUUCAACAGGGCAAACAAAAACCUGCAUCUAUGGCACGAUCCACUUCUAUGCUCAUUUCUGCUGGGCAAAAUAAAUCAAGCAGCUUAAAGCUGAGUAUUUUUACUCCUAAUGUGUUAAUGAUAUCCAAGCAUGCAGAUGGCUCCCUGAAUCAGUGGCAAGUGAGCUUUGCUGAAGAAUCUGCCUUUUCCACUGUGCUCAGCAUUUCCCACAAGUCCCGAUACUGUGGCCAUCGUUUUCACCUGAAUGACCUUGCCUGCCAUUCUGUUUUGCCUCUACUGCUGACGACUUCUCAUCACAAUGCACUGCCCCCAACAGAGGAAAAUGGUGAUAUUGGGACACCAAACUCUUUACAAGGCGGAGAUAGCUCGAUAAAUGAUAAUGCAGUGGAAUCACCAGAAAAUUACCAGGAUCCUAAUGCAGUGUACAGUGAGCUUAUCCUUUGGCGAGUUGAUCCUGUUGGACCUCUUUCAUUUUCUGGUGGUGUUUCUGAGCUGGCUCGUAUUAAUUCCCUUCAUGUUUCUGCCUUCUCCAAUGUAGCUUGGUUACCUACACUUAUACCAAGUUAUUGUUUAGGUACAUACUGCAAUUCUCCAAGUGCAUGUUUUGUCGCCAGUGAUGGGCAAAAUUUAAGGUUGUACCAGGCUGUCAUUGAUGCUAAAAAGCUCUUGUGUGAGCUGUCCAAUCCUGAUAUAUCUAAAUACGUGGGGGAAGUUUUUAACAUUAUUAGUCAGCAGUCCACUGCUAGACCAGGAUGCAUUAUAGAACUGGAUGCCAUUACUAGUCUGCAUGGCAGAAAAACACAACUGUUACAUGUCUUUCAAGAAGACUUCAUAAUGGGAAACCAGGAGAAGACCGAAACAUCAGGAACCAGUGGCAUUUCAUCAAAUUCUGACUGCUCCCCGCAUGGUUUUUCUGAAAAAUUUUUCCUGGUUGUAAUUGAAUGUACCAAAGAAAAACGCUCCAUAUUGCACAUGUGGAAAUUACAUCUAAAAUCUGUUCCCGUCUCCGUGGAGGAUAAGUCAGACUCCAACUCAUCUGAGAAUGUUCCACCCAAAGAAGACUCUUUUGGUUCUGCAUCAGGAGAGAAAGUGCAGUCACCUCUUACACAAAGAUAUCAAACGUGUAAAGCGAAUCUUCAGAGUACCAGCAAGAUGUCCCUUUCAUCCGAGCUCGUGUACAGUCAAGAGUUGAGUUUGCCGGAAGCUGUUGAAGUCAUUAGUGUUAAGCCGUCUGCAGGCCACCUGAGUAGUUCUUCUCUUUACCCAGUGAGUAAUGCACCCUAUCUAUUGGCAACUUCUUGCUCUGAUGGUAAAGUCAGGUUCUGGAGGUGCCGAGUGGAAUCGGAGCUUUCUCUUUCUCCCACUGACCUAGAGAAUUAUGUGGCAUAUAUUUGGGAGGAAUGGUCAUUGUUGAUUGAGGAUGGUCUGCAAAAUGGAGCUGUGAGUGUUCCCGGCAGGCCAGUAGAAGUCAGCUGUGCCCAUACAAACUGUUUGGCUGUAGCUUUCAAACAAGCACCAAGUAAACAUAGCACCUCGUCCCAAGAUUUUUUGAUGCAUGUUAGCAUUUUUGAAUGUGAAUCUACUGGUGGCUCCUGCUGGAUUUUAGAACAAACCAUUCACUUAGAUGAACUAAGCACAAUGUUGGAGCCUGGCAUUAGUAUUGACAAUAAUCUUGUAGCUUACAAUAAACAGGAUGUGUUAUCUUCCAACACACAACUCCAACCUAGUACGAAACAUUUAGUUCAUUUGGACUGGAUGUCCAGAGAGGAUGGCUCUCAUAUGCUGACUAUUGGAAUUGGUACAAAGCUUCUAAUGUAUGGGCAGGUUGCAAGAAAAGUCCAAGAACCCUCGUGUAAAGAGAGUUUUGCAUUGCAGCUCUGGGACACUGCCAAAAAUGCAGCUCAGCCAAGGUUUGUAUUGCUUCGCUGUGUGGAUCUUGUGUCUUCUGUUGAAGGAUCUCUUCCUUUACCCGUGUCAUUGUCUUGGGUUCGGGAUGGUAUUCUUGUUGUGGGAAUGGACUGUGAAAUGCAUGUCUACUCCCAGUGGCAGCCUUUUUCUAAACAGGAUUCGACAAGCACAGAUUCCUACAAUGGAAGCACCCCAUCCAUCACAAACUUAGUUAAGCAAAGCCAUUCAGUUCCAUCUGGUCUGACUCCACCAAAGAAAACUAUGACAAGGUCAAUGACUAGCUUAGCGCAAAAGCUUAUGGGGAAAAAAACUGCAUUUGAUCUCCCUGUGGAGAUGGAGGACUAUGGACUUUUUGAAGCGGCUCAUGCUUUAUUUCCAACUUUGCCACAGUAUCAUCCAUUGCAGCUGAUGGAAUUAAUGGAUCUUGGAAAAGUGCGCAGGGCAAAGGCUAUAUUAUCUCAUCUUGUAAAAUGUAUUGCAGGAGAGGUUGUUGCAAUUAACGACAAUGAAUGCAACCAUGAACGCAGGCUUCGCUCACUUUCAAUCAGUGCCAGUGGAAGCACAUCUCGAGACCCCAAAACAUUCAGCAAACCAGAAAACGCUGACUACACAGAAAUUGAUUCUGUCCCUCCACUACCAUUGUAUGCCCUCCUUGCUGCAGAUGAGGAUACAUUUGUUUCCACAGUGGAGAAAUCCAGCAAUCAGAGCAAUUCAAACAAACAAAAUGACAGCAGUACAAAUGCUGAGAACUAUGAUGAGCUUUUCCAAGUUCCGACAAUCACCUCUGAGGAGCUUACAACAUUCGAGUCUGAAGAAGAAAACACAAAACCCCAAGUUAUAGACCUGUCACAGUUCAGCCCAACUUACUUUGGUCCUGAGCAUGCAAAAGUGCUUUCUAAGCAUUUGCUUCACUCUAGCUUACCUGGCAUGACCCGCAUAGAACAGAUGUCUCUGAUGGCUUUGGCGGAUACAAUUGCCACAACUAGCACAGAUAUAGGAGAAAGCAGAGAUCGUAGCCAAGGUGGUGAGACCCUCGAUGAAUGUGGGCUGAAGUUUUUCCUAGCUGUUCGUCUUCAUACCUUUCUCACUACAUCCCUCCCUCCAGCAUACCGAAUUCAGCUUUCUCAUCAAGGCCUGUCUACUAGCCACUUUGCUUGGGCCUUUCAUUCAGUGGCAGAGGAAGAGCUGCUUGCAACACUGCCUCCUAUGCAGAAAGGAGAUCUCACAUGGGCAGAGUUGAGGGCGAUGGGAGUGGGCUGGUGGGUGAGAAACAUAAACGGCUUACGCAGGUGCAUUGAGAAGGUUGCUAAGGCAGCUUUCCAGCGAAAUAAUGAUCCCUUAGAUGCAGCUAUAUAUUACCUGGCGAUGAAGAAGAAAGCUGUAGUAUGGGGGCUGUAUAGAUCUCAAAGAGAAGCAAAGAUGACUCAGUUUUUUGGGAAUAACUUUAGUGAAGAGAGAUGGAGGAAAGCAGCCCUGAAGAAUGCAUUCGCUCUGCUUGGAAAACAGCGGUUUGAGCAUUCUGCAGCAUUUUUCCUUCUGGCUGGGUCUUUGAAGGAUGCAGUGGAGGUUUGCCUUGAGAAGCUACAUGACCUUCAGCUUGCGCUUGUGAUAUCAAGGCUUUACGAGUCUGAAUUUGAGAAAUCUUCAACGUAUAAAUCUAUUCUUCAAAAGAUGGUGCUGGGAGUGGAAUCACAUGGCCGAGAGUCCAGUCUCUCCAACAUGCAUUCAGACCCUUUUGUAAGGAGCAUGGCCUACUGGAUCCUGGAAGAUUACAGGCACGCUCUGGAUACCUUACUGAAGCAGCUAGUUAGGGAUGAAUACGAUUAUUCCUGGAGCCUGUCUUCAAGUUGUGAUCCAUCAGUCUUCAAUUUCUAUAAUUUCUUAAGAACGCAUCCCAUGUUAUUGAGACGUAAUUUAGGCUCUUUAGAGUCCUCUACUAAAAUAUGCCUGUCUGUGGAAAAUGGUUUGGCUGACAAAAUUAACCUAAGUGAGAGAAGGUUGUUUUUCACCACUGCACAUGCUCAUUUAAAAGCUGGAUGUCCUAUGCUAGCCCUUGAAGUAUUAUCCAAAAUGCCCAAAGUAGUGAAGAAAUCCAAGCCUUUGCCUCGAACGUCAAGCUUGGCAGAUACUACUAAAGUAUCCACACCUGUGUCUCCCUUAGUGGGGGAAAAGAAAGACUCGGCUUGUGACUUUGACUGGUCAAACUCCAUGGUCAAUGGUGUAUCUGGCUCAUCCUCUGAAAAACAAACACAUUCUGAAGGUUUAUUUGAUUGGAGCCAUCCGUCAUUGGUAAUUGAAGAUGAGCCUUUGGAAUUAAAAUGGGAUAGUGAGACAGAUGAAGAAUCUGAGGGAACUGGGUUAUCCAUGAAGGAUGUAAAACCUUCACAAAACGCAGAAAGCGAUAAACAAGUGAGGACCAGUACAAGUUACUCAGAAUCCUGUAGCAUUGAUGACAAUGAUGUUCUCAGUCCGGCAGAAGAUGUAAUCGCUGUCCAGCUUAAGUUUAGAGCUUGCCUAAAGAUUCUCACUGGGGAACUGCGGACAUUAUCCACUGGUUAUGAAGUUGAUGGUGGCAAACUGAGGUAUCAGCUGUAUAGCUGGCUGGAAAGAGCAGUUGUUGCUCUUCAAAAGAUUUGUGAUUAUUGUGUUAAUGUGGAAGAGCUGAGCUCGGUGGGAGCUGUUGAAUAUUCCUAUGAGGAUAGCUUGGAUGACUCUUCUGAUCAAACCACGUCAAAGCAGAGGAAAGAGCUCAUUGAGAGACGUCAGUGGCUGUUGAAGUUUCAGUCAUUGCUAAGAAUGUUCCUCAGUUUUUGUAUACUUCAUGGAUCUCAUGGUGGCGGUCUGGCCUCUGUACGUAUGGAAUUAAUACUACUUUUGCAGGAGUCACAACAGGACAGCUCACUGCUCUCCAAUCCUCAGACAGAGCAGACUUCAGUCCCACUCCUUUUUGCUUGCACAGCAAGUGCCAAAACUGUUGUAGCCAAUCCUUUACAACACCUGAGCAACUUAACUCACGAUAUCUUACACGCCAUAAUAAAUCUGGAUUCACCACCUCAUCCUGAUAUCCAAAACAACAAGAUUUAUGUCAUGCAUACUCUGGCUGCAUCCCUUUCUGCCUGUAUAUAUCAGUGCCUUUGUGGAGGGCAAGUCAACAGUGCCUCCAUGCAGACUAAUCCAUUCACAGGCAUGGUGUACCAGAGUGUGCUGCUUAUUCACAGACAACCAAUGAGAACAACAAGUCUGGAUGAAGCAGUGAUACCAAACACAUCGCCCACUCAUUGGCCAGGAAUAUCUUCAUUAAUUCGCCUGUUGAAUUCUGCUGGAGAGGAAGCUCAGCCGGGGCUCACUAUUCUGCUGUGUGAAAUUCUGACGGCUGUCUACCUGAGUCUGUUCAGUCAUGGAUUGGCCACUCACUCCAGCCAGGAGUUAUUCUGUGUUGUUGCUCAUCCUCUGAAUGACAAGAUGUGGUCUGCAGUCUAUGGAGGAGGAGCACGAAUCCCAUGCCGAGGGCAGAUGCCUGUUAAACCUGUCACAGUUGUGGUAUCGCCUCCCAUAGAAGAAAGCGACCAGAAUAAACGCUACAAAUCUACAAAACUUCAGGCCAAAGAGAGUCCAUCUGCCUUUGGUUCACCAGUGUUGGAACAGGGCUCCUCUAUUUUCCGGGAAAAAUUCAUCCCUCCUGAGCUCAGCAUCUGGGAUUACUUUAUAGCCAAGCCUUUCUUGCCUCUUUCACAAAACAGGCUUGAAUAUGAUUCAGAGGACAGUCAAGGAAGCGAUGACGGGGAAGAUGAUGGCUCUUUAUCAGAAGUCCAGAUCCAGGAACACUCAAAUCCUAAUUCGUAUAGCUGGGCUCUGAUGCGUCUUGCAAUGGUACAAUUUGUCCUUCAGAAUUUGAAAGGUUUUUACCCAUUGGCUGGACAUGAACUUUCAGAUCUUCCUGUAGCCUCACCCCUCUGUCAUGCCACCCUUAAGACCUUGCAGAGGUGGGAACAGGUGCUCCUGCGAAGGCUUCAAAUAUUUGGCGGUCCACCACAAGAUUUUAUUACCAUGCCAAGUACAGAGGAUGCUCUAUCUGCUGGACCUGCAAUCUUGAGACACAAAGCAUUGCUGGAGCCAACAAAUACACCUUUCAAUUCCAAUCACUCAAGUAGCUUGCCAGUAAAGAGGCUUUGGCAGUAUCUAGUAAAACAAGAGGGCAUCCAAGAAACCUUUAUAAGGAACAUUUUUACCAAGAAAAGAUCUUCGAAUGAGACGGAAACAGAUCAGGGUUCUUCCGGAGGAAGAGCAAGAAUAAUCCACAAAGAGUCUGACAUAAUCACUGCAUUUGCAGUAAAUAAGGCCAACAGAAACUGCAUUGCUAUUGCGUCUAGCCACGAUAUCCAGGAGCUUGACGUGUCUGCAAUACUGGCUACCCAGGUUUACUCCUGGAUUGAUGAGGACUUUGAAACAGAAAAUAAAGGACCAGAUGAUUUCUUGGUUGUACACACACGUGAUGACCUCUCAGCUGUGCAGGGAUCCACUCCUUACACCCACAGUAAUCCAGGCACCCCCAUCAACAUGCCUUGGCUAGGAGGAGUUCAGACUGGAAGGGGUGCAUCUGUGAUGAUAAAGAGAACAAUCAAAGAUGUUCGAAGAAUGGCAUCACAUCCAACACUGCCUUACUAUCUUACUGGUGCUCAAGAUGGCAGUGUAAAAAUGUUUGAGUGGGGUCACGCGCAGCAGAUUACAUGCUUCCGGACUGGUGGGAAUUCCAGGGUAACACGGAUAAAGUUUAAUCAUCAGGGGAACAAGUUUGGAGUUGUUGAUGCUGAUGGGUUUAUCAGUCUGUAUCAGACCAACUGGAAGUAUAGUGCUGCUACUGGAAGCCCCGCUAAGCCUUAUCUGACCUGGCAGUGCCAUAACAAAACCACCAAUGACUUUGUGUUCAUUAGUUCCUCUUCCCUGAUAGCAACAGCUGGACAGUCCAGUGAUGGCAGAAAUGUCUGUAUGUGGGAUACUCUGGUAGCACCUGCAAAUAAUUUAGUUCAUGCCUUUACUUGCCACGACAGUGGAGCAACUGUGAUUGCUUAUGCUCCAAAAAAUCAGCUCCUAAUAUCUGGAGGUAGGAAAGGAUUCACGUGUUUGUUUGACUUGCGUCAGAGACAACAGCGGCAUGUUUUCCAGAGCCAUGAUUCUGCUGUGAAGGCCAUUGCUGUAGACACAACAGAGGAAUAUUUCAUUACAGGAUCUGCAGAGGGAAACAUCAAGGUCUGGAGUCUAAUAAAUUUCACUUUGUUGCACACCUUCCUCAAUGAACAUGCAAGACAGUCCCUCUUCAGGAACAUUGGAACGGGAGUGAUGCAGAUAGAGACUGGACCAGCCAACUACAUAUUUUCCUGUGGAGCUGAUGGCACUGUCAAAAUGAGAAUAUUACCAGAUCGUUUCAACACGAUAAACGACCUUCAGAGAAACGAUGUCAAAUUUUUUCUUUGAGUUUCCCUUUUGUAUUGUUAAACCCCUGUGAACAUUGAGUGGUUCUACAAUGCUUUGUCUUGCACUAGCACUGAAAGUGGAUUAAACUUUAAUGUAUGUAUUGAGAAAGGUGGCCGACGGGUGAAUUGUGCAAUGCUUUACAGAUGUGCCACUAAGAUGAUGAUGCUUUACGCAGUUUGUAUUUUUUUUUUUUCUUCUCAUUUGCCCUUGAAGCACUGAUGCCUUAAAUAUAAUUAACAUGAUCAUUCAUCUAUUGAAUGCUAUGUUGCCUAAAAUAGGAAAACAGAUAAAUAUGUAAAAUAUGAUAUAUACAGUACAUAUAUUCAUACAUACGUGUACCGCUGCUGUUUUCUGUUUUUUUGUUAACUUUUUGUUUUGUUUUUAAAUUUCUUUAAAAAUCCGCACACUUGGGAAAUAUUUUAUUGGUAUGUGUAUAAAAUCUAAAAGUUAUGAUUUAAUUAUCAUAAAGUUAUAUAUACUUAAAUGAAGAUAAAUUAUAUUUUAGGACAGUUUAAAGGUCAUUUAAAAA